AACGCCCGCGGCCGCCCGGCUCCCCGGCCUCCGCCCCACGCCGCCGAUAGGGGGCGUCCGCGCUCUCGGCGCCGCGACUUUACUGAGAAGGCGCCGCCCGCGCCGGGCAGCUGGAGCCGCAACUCCGGGCGCCGGCUCAGUCGUCCCCGCCGCCGCCGCCGCCGCCGCCGCCGCCGGGCGCAGGCUCGCUCGCGCUCUCGGGCCGCCGGCGUCUCCCGGCCGGGUCGCCGUUGCGCUCGCGCAAGUCUUGCUAGCUCCUGGCUCCUGAAGACCAGUGCUGGAGCAGAUGGAUAAUGGAGGCUGGGGUUAUAUGAUGACUGACCCAGUCACGUUGAAUGUAGGUGGACACUUGUACACUACAUCCCUUACCACAUUGACACGUUAUCCAGAUUCCAUGCUUGGAGCUAUGUUUGGGGGGGACUUCCCCACAGCCAGAGACCCUCAAGGCAAUUACUUCAUUGAUCGAGAUGGACCUCUUUUCCGAUAUGUCCUCAACUUCUUACGAACUUCAGAAUUGACCCUUCCCCUGGAUUUUAAGGAAUUUGAUCUGCUUCGGAAAGAAGCUGAUUUUUACCAGAUUGAACCCUUGAUUCAGUGUCUCAAUGACCCUAAGCCUUUGUAUCCUAUGGAUACUUUUGAAGAAGUUGUAGAGCUGUCUAGUACUCGGAAGCUUUCUAAAUAUUCCAAUCCUGUGGCUGUCAUCAUAACCCAAUUAACCAUCACCACCAAGGUCCAUUCUUUACUAGAAGGCAUCUCAAAUUAUUUCACCAAGUGGAAUAAGCACAUGAUGGACACCAGAGACUGCCAGGUUUCCUUCACCUUUGGACCAUGUGAUUAUCACCAGGAAGUCUCUCUCCGGGUCCACCUGAUGGAAUACAUUACAAAGCAAGGUUUCACAAUCCGCAACACUCGGGUGCAUCACAUGAGUGAGCGAGCCAACGAGAACACGGUAGAGCACAACUGGACUUUCUGUAGACUGGCCCGGAAGACAGAUGACUGACUGUCAGCCCUGGGGAGAACUUCCUGUACACUCACAUUGUUUUGGGAUAUGGAAGAGACUAUUGUUGUUUUUUAAAUCAUAGUGUGCCCCCCUUUUAAUAUUUGUAUUUAUUCAAAGGCAUUGAGGACCAGAAGGAAGUUUUGUGUGUGAACGGCCAUCUCCCUGUUUUGUUCCCAAGUAUGCAUGUGCUGUUCAGAGUCCAGAAACCUUUUUUAUAAAGAGAUCUGAAAAUCAUUAUGAUAUAUAAUCUACCCUUAACAGUGCUAAAAUGAUUUCUGGUAAUAAGGUCCCUAACUCAACUGGAAGGCUGAAAAUAUAGUAAUGAAAGAUUAAGCAGAAUAUUCGUGAUGUCUUUGAAAUCAGAAUAUCAUGUAGGGUGAGCUGGAUUCCAGGCCAGUAAGUAGGCAGUAGUGUUUUAAAGGAAAACUGGCUAGUCCUCUGCCAGUACUUGUUAAGGACCACUCCUACAGUUUUGACAACUGUUUCUUUCUAUGCAUAUAAAUCAAGCAACCAAAUAUCUGUAGCCAUUGAAAUGUCUGACUAGAAAUAUUUAUAUUGGAUUCUCAAUAUAAAAUGUCCCUGUGGUAGAAACUUUAUGCCUGGUACAGUUUUAUUCCCAAGUGUGCUGUCUACCAGGAAAGAAAAAUCUAAUAAAAAAUGGAGUAUGAACAUUAA